GCUGGGAUAUGACACUACAGCGGAAGGACAGUGGGAAGUGCAUGUGAGAUGUGGCCUGUGCUGAGCCGGUGUGGAACUAGUGCUACGGGCAGCCUCAGGAAACAGAACAAUUUGAAGCUGAAUGAGAGCACAUUUUGCCAUCUGCUAAACAGAUUCUCUACUUUACUUGCAACAAAAAUGGGAAGCAGUUCCACAAAAGAGAUACCUGAGACUGAAGCAACUGAUAUGAUAAAGAACACGAUUGCAGAAAACUGUGUAGUGAUCUUCUCAAAAACCAGCUGUCCAUACUGUGUAAUGGCAAAAGACGCCUUCAGAAAUAUAGACGUGCAGUACACAGCAGUCGAAUUGGAUGAAGUAGAGAACGGGAGCCAGAUACAAGCGGCACUUCACCAACUGAGUGGCAUUAGAACUGUCCCCCAGGUGUAUGUUAACGGGAAAUGUAUUGGAGGUGGCACAGAUACACGUAAUCUUGAAAGAGAGGGCAAGUUACUGAAAUUGGUUCAAGAGUGUAAUAUCAGUGCUGCUACAUAGUGAGCUGGAACAGCUGCAAGAUCUACCUCGGCUCAGAAAAACUGACUGUGCUGAAUCAAGAACAUGUGCCUGAUUUGGAGAUUCAAUUAAAGGGGAACUCCACCCACUGCCAAAAAUAAGCCAAAUAAAACCGACUGA